ACGGGGCAACUGUCAAAACGGAAUUUGUUUCUCAUCGCUUGCGAAGGUAAAUUUCUGCUGUUUCAUCCGGCAAGCGGAUUGUUAAUUUCACGUUCCCCGUAGUGCAUUCGUGUAAACAGUUUAAUUUCCAUUAAAAAUGAGUUCAAUCGGAACCGGUUAUGACCUAUCGGCAUCACAGUUCUCGCCCGAUGGUCGCGUUUUCCAGAUUGAGUACGCGGCCAAAGCGGUGGAGAACAGUGGCACGGUGAUCGGUCUGCGGGGCAAGGACGGUGUAGUGCUGGCGGUUGAAAAACUGAUCACGAGCAAACUGUACGAGCCGGAUUGUGGUACGCGCAUCUUUACCAUCGAUACUUCCAUCGGAAUGGCCAUCAGUGGAAUGAUUACCGACGGUAGAGCGGUGGUCGAUAUCGCACGCCAGGAGGCGGCCAGCUAUCGACAGCAGAACAAUCGCCCCAUUCCGCUAAAGCAGCUGAACGACCGUCUGUCGAGCUACUUCCACGCGUACACCCUCUACAGUGCCGUGCGUCCGUUCGGUGUGAGCGUGAUUUUGGCCUCGUGGUCGGAGGAGAAAGGUCCCGAAAUGUACAUGAUCGACCCGUCGGGAGUGUCGUGUGGUUACUUCGGAUGCGCCGUCGGCAAAGCGAAACAAACUGCCAAGACGGAAAUUGAAAAGUUGAAGCUUGCCGACAUGAGCGUCAAGGACCUUGUGCUGACGGCCGGCAAGAUCAUCUACCAAGUGCACGAUGAGCUGAAGGACAAAGACUUCAAGCUGGAGCUCAGUUGGGUGUGCCAGGAUUCCAACGGCAUCCACAAGACCGUCCCGGCCGAGGUGUACGCCGCGGCAAACCGGGCCGGCCAGGAAGCGGUCGACGAGGACGAUAGUGAUAACGAGAUCUAAGUUUAAGGCAUUCGGCACUGGUACGAACAUCAUACAUCGGAAAUAGGUUUGUCCGGGUGGUUUUUUUUUGUCAGCCACCGGAGGAGAUGGCUCUUUGUGAAGGAAGUAAAAAAACACGUACGUACGGUUGGUUGAAA